CUCCAUCUUUAAAAUCGUAUCAAGCACUGUUUCUUUGCUACCUCAUUCCGACUUUUAAGAUGCCAAUUGAACUUAUUCUUUCUCCAAUUAUGAGACCAGUGGUGCGGGCCAAGGCGCUUGUAUUUCAUCCCCACCGCCGGGCUUCACGCUACAUCCCUACAAUUCUCGAAUUGCCAGAGAACGUUUCUGAGUACGCGGUGAGACACCGUUUUGGGUCUGGGUCGAAGAUUUACGAUGUUUACGAUACCAAGGCCGAGGGUUCAGGCGCCAACGGCUCCACCAACCACAACGAUAAGCUUUUUUGGUUUGUGAGAUCACGUUCGGUUAAGGGCGCGUACAAAAUGUAUUCUAGUGACAUCACUGGUACGGGGAUAGACGGAGCAGAUGAGCCGGUAGCUGCGGUCAGAGCCGGCUUGAGAUCCAACGUUUUGUUGAUUAGAGCUCCGGAGGUCCCGGCGUCCGAGUUGGGAUGGCAUGUGCUUAAUCACAGAGUGGAUGCGAUUGACAGCUACCGUGUGUUUGAGUUGGCGGAUGGCCACACUUACCAAUGGACCACACAAGGAAAGUUUUUGGAGAGGGUGCACAACUUGGGGGAGAAGGAAUCUGAAGUGAGAGAGCGCAUCGGCGAGGUGAUUCCUGCUGGACACGCUGGGUUCAACUUGAAGAUUGACGAAACCAAAAUGUGCAGAGAGCUUGCAUUAUCCACCGCCUUGUGUUCGUACAUCGACCACUGGAACACAAGAUACUCAGUUGGGGGUAUCUAUUUAGCGUCCCAACCCCUGGUUCCAAUGGUUCGUUGGAAGAGAGAGUAAGAGGGAGGUGUAGGUUGAUGCUUGCGUUCAAGUUGAACCUUUGGAAUGGAUCACAAGACGUGGGGUGCCCUGCUGAUUAUAAGGGAAAUAGUGGUGCAUUCGUCUUGGUUGUUUCCAGACCUUCCAUCUCUCCAGGUCUUUAACCUCUUUCCUCACCAAUAGCUCACCGGUACAAUGCCGGGUUAUACCGUCAAUAGA